AUGGCUAACACCGCGUUGACACUUAGUUUGGAAGGCGAGUCUACACCUUCUCAAAGGGCAAUCUUCGAUAUUCUUCAGGAAAUAUUGCAGCCUGGUAGCACUACAACUCUCGAAGACGCUGCCAAAAAUCUCGAUCGUCUUCAUCCCGAUCGUCGGCCACCAGGAUCUGAUCAGGAAGAUCCCAAUACCUUUAUCUAUGCCUUCUUCCAGCCCUUUCACACUAUCGCAAAACAAAUCCCUAACACACAUCCGGCGCAAGAGAAGCUUGCUGCACUUGUGAAAACUCUUCGGGAUCUACCAUCUAGACCUAUCCAUGUUGAUCAAUGGGGUGACUUUGAGCUAUGGAAGAGUUUACCCUUGUUUGGUGAGACAUUCAGUGACGCUUAUGAGAGUGAUCGCACCAAAGAACUCAGCCCUGAGGUCAAGCGACAACGAAAUUUGAGUUUACAGAGCUAUGCGGCUCGGUUAAUGGGCAACGGAACUGUUCCUAACGAUCGGUACUGUAUUUGGGCCCUGUCGGAUGCGCUGGAAGGCCGAUACGACAACGGCAAAGGUCGUAAUCGCCAGGUCCUCACCAGCCCUACAGCUGAUCCAGACGUUGACUUUCAUGUCACUGUAGCGGCUGAGUGGAUUAUGCAUGCCGGUCAUGUUUUUUAUCACAGUGGUGCUACUGUGGGUGGUGAUUAUCAUGGACCGCUUGUCAAGGGACCAGGGAAGUUGGCGUUUAGCCCGCAGAGAUGGCACCUGUGGAAAGAUCGAUUUGUCGAAUUUGAAAAUUCCCACGAUCUUAACGAAGACACGAGAAAGACUGCAAAGCUAGCCGCUAGAAAGAUGGAAGAGAUCGAGAAAGCGUCGGAUACACAGGCAUAG